UUCAGCCUCUUAUCGUUGACUCUUGCACAGAGACGUGUUUUGGACGGUGUGAUCUCUCCUGAGCAGGAACAGCGACGCUGGUUUCAGGGACAACUUUUCCUCCAGUAAUGAUGGAUCUUUGGCGGUUUAUGGUUUUGCUGGACGUCUUCUUGCUUGCCAGAGGUGCAGACAAAAUGUGUGAUAACUUUUCUGACUUGGACUUCCACGAGGCGUUCAUUGGAACCAAUCUGUAUGUGCGUCUGCUCCUGUACACGCGCGCCAACCUGGACUGUGGCCACGAGCUUUCUCACAACGACUUCACCAACGAGCCGCUGUUUCACGUGAUGCGACCCACCACCUUCGUCAUCCACGGCUACCGGCCCACCGGCGCGCCCCCCAUCUGGAUCGACCACAUCACACGUCUGCUGGCCGCGCAGGCUGACAUGAACAUCCUGGUGGUGGACUGGAACCGUGGUGCUGCCAACUUUAACUAUUUUACAGCCGUAGCAAACACACGGCACACCGCCGCCAACAUCACCGCCUUCAUACACCGGAUGACAGAUGAGGGAGCAUGCCUCGAUUCGAUCCAUCUCAUAGGAGUGAGUCUGGGUGCACACGUGGCCGGGUUUAUAGGAGCCAUGCUGGGAGGCCGAGUGGGACGAAUCACAGGUCUGGACCCCGCCGGGCCGAUGUUCGCAGGAGUGCCUCCAGAGGAGCGUCUGGAUCCGACCGACGCUCAGUUGGUGGACGUCCUACACACGGACAUGAACUCGUUUGGCCUCAGAGGACCUAACGGUCAUAUUGAUUUCUAUGCUAAUGGCGGACUAGAUCAGCCUGGCUGCCCCAAGACCAUCUUCUCAGGAAAGGCCUACUUCGUUUGUGAUCAUCAGCGCUCUGUUUUUCUCUACCUGUGCUCUCUAAACCGCACCUGUCCCCUCACUGCGUAUCCCUGCUCCUCCUACGCCGACUUCAUCAACGGCCUGUGCGUACAGUGUGAGGCCUUUAAACCAGCGUCCUGCCCCGUUUUGGGAUACGACUUGAGUCAGUGGAGGGACAAACUGUUAAAACUGGGACAGACGAAAGUCUAUUUCUCCACCACAGCAGAGCCACCGUACAGGAAAACGAGCUACAUAGUGGACACUCUUACAUGGAAUCAGCACCUGCGAUGGGGGAUAGUUAUCCUUUACCUUCACAGUGGCAAAAAUGUUACCGAGGCGAGGAUUGACCACAAGCUGCUUCGGUUUGAGCAACACACCAACAUGAGACUACUCGCCCAGUUUGACGAGGACUUGUAUCCAGUUGAGAAGAUCUCCUUCCGGGUCGUCACUGGAAAUGUGAUCGGACCUCGAUAUAAGAUCCGUCUGCUCCGGAUUAUGAUUACGCCACUCGAUCUGCCGGAGAGGCCUCCGAUGUGCCGAUAUGACCUCGUAAUGGAAGAGAACACGGAGGUGACCUUUAAGCCGGUGUCGUGUGAUGAGUCUCAUCUGUAAACCUUCGCAAACCCGUCAUGUACGUUACAAAACUGCAAACCGGCUAAUCUGUGGAGUGGGUAUCAUCUGCCCAGGGAGCGAGAGAGCAUCCCGGAUCAUCUUGUGCCUUGAAGCCAUUUUUUCAGUAACUGUGGUCAGGUUUUAGGGACAUAUACGCAUCACGGUUAACUUAAUCACAGAAAAGAUGUUUGUGAACUUUCCUUUUUUCUUAUAUCGUCCAGUCGAUUCCACUUAUUGCGACAUAGAAAUUGUUCCCUUUUGAUAUCCUGAUCUAGUCUCUCACAACACAAAUUGGUCCUUGGAUUUCAAAAAACAUCUGAGACACUCUUUGGAUGUUCUGUGAACCGAUCGGCUUUUUGAAUCAGUGCAGAUCACAGAGAGCAGUUUGUCAGUCUGCGUGAACUUCCUGUGAGGU